UUUGUUAUUUACUUAGUUGAAUAUAAAGAAUAUUUAUAAUGAAAUAUUCUUGUGGAUAUUCAAAUUUAUACUUGUUUAUUAUAAUAACUUGUUGUGGUUUUACUUCAAAAGUUCAUUCAACGAGAUUUAUUGAUCUUAUUAAUGCUUUCGGUAUAAAUAACGAAACAACAUUUUAUCAAGAAAGAUCUUUACGACUUGAUGUCCGCAGCACUUUGACAGUACAGUUUUAUAAAAACAAUACAAAAACGUUGGAGACUCCGGUGCCAUUGAAUGAAUUCAAUCUGGCCAAUUCUGGAUGUUUGCCUGCAGAGAAAUUCUCUAUUGUGCUCCAUGGCUGGAUUCAAAGUUGCUCCGAUGAGUGGGCAAUUGAGCUGAUCGAAAGAUUAAGUUUCUACCGCAGAGGCUGCGUCAUAUGCAUCGAUUAUAGUACGGCCGCCAGCUCAUCCUAUAUGAGAUUAUAUUCCAAUUUCGAUCACAUAACCGAGGUGAUUGUCUCCGUACUAGUAUCUCUCUUUCGAUAUGGCUUCGAUCCGAGUCGUGGAUUCAUGUUUGGCUUCAGCUUUGGCGGACAGUUGGCAUCAGCUGUGGGUCGCGCACUGCAGCCCCAUUUUACGCUGCAAAAUAUAGAUACUUGUGACAUGGCUGGUCCCGGCUUCGAUCCCAUUGACGUCGAUCACUCGAAGGCCGCACGGCAUGUGCAAUGCUUUCACUCAAGCCGCGAUAAGGGAACUUUCAUCUAUUCCUGCCAUCGGAAUAUCAUGCUAGGCAGCUGUGGACUUAGUCAGCCAUCGAUCGCAAGUCAAUCUCAUCUGGGUAGCCAUGGACUGUGCGUUGAUAUCUAUAUAAAUACGUUCGAUUAUCCAUUCUAUGCAUUGAGCACGCCACCCAGUGAGUGCUUAACAUUCUCCAAGGUGGCCAAGAUACCGAAUCACUAUACAGUGGGUUUUGAGGAGGAUUUCAAUAAGCAAAUAACUGGAAAGGUUUAUGUUCCCACAAGCCUACAUUAUCCCUACAACUUAUCCAAAAGAGAACUUCGAUUUCUUUUUGGCAAGAAUUAAUGAUGGAAAGACAACGUAGAUUAUAUGAAUUAUAUAUAAUACAUAUAUGUUAUAUAUUUAUUUAUUUAUAUUGGAUCUAAGUCAUAAUAUACAGAUGAUCAACACUAAAAUCAAAAUGAUGUAAAUGUUAUUUUCUACAGCUUUUUUAUAUUUAUAUAGCUAUUUUCCAUUUAAUGAAUUCAUAGAUAGUAUAUCUCCAUAAUCCAUUUAAUAAAAAAAUCAUUUUUUUUUUAUUUAUUGUUACAAUUUUUGAUAUUUUAUUUACGUAAAAAUAAAAUAUUUGGACAUAUGAUUUAAUAUAACAAAUUAAUAAUAACCUUCAUUUAAAAAUUUGAUUGAUUCUUAAACUUGUCUAAUGUUGCGAACUCUUAAACGUCGGGCGAUUAAUGCCCUUUAAGAGUAAAUUGUUAUAACCUCACGACCUCCUCCACGAACCAUUAAUACUUUUUCAAGUCCUUCUGUUAAAACUUCCAGGAAUUCCA